GAAGUAAAAUGUGCUUGUCUGUGUGAUGUGCUCUGAUGAAGAGCGCAGGCGGAAUCUCAGCAGCAGCAGCGGUGUAUCAGAUGAAAUGGUUUGGCCCUCGGGGUUACAGGAAGUUGUAGCAGCUGCCAUGUUUAGCUGCUUUGUUGUAGAUUUCUUGUAGGUUUCCUGCAGAUUUUUUUAAGUGUUGCAAUGGAGACGAGCUGGAGUUCAUUUUUAUUUCAGCAGGCCAAUGAAGCCCUCCACCACCAGCAUCAGGUCACCCAGAACAGCCUGCUGCCCCUGCUCAACUCUGGCCAUGAGCCGCAGGAUCAAAAGCCUAUUCUUCCCAUCCCUCUCGACCAGAAGCCCCCGGUCAUUCCUUCCGACCUCCUCAAGGACAGCAUGGCCGGCGGUACGGGAGGAGGAGGUGGUGGAAGUGGUGGAGGCGGGCAGGUGGUCAUAAAGAAGGAGCCCAAGUCAAAAACGCCCUUCAUAUGCAGCUACUGCAACAAGGCCUUCCGGGACAGCUACCACCUACGGCGGCAUGAGUCCUGUCACACCGGCAUCAAGAUGGUUUCACGGCCCAAGAAGACAACGACAGCGCCCACCAUGGUGCCUCUAAUCUCCACUGUGCCACGCGACAACAACGCCAACCCCUCUUACGUCUCCACUGUGGCGGGCAUCCUCACCACGGCAACGACCUCUGCGUCCACUGCCACGGGUGUUAUGUCGGCUCUGCCGCAUCAGCCUGCCGUGCCCAAGAAGCCCCCCAAGCCUGUGAAGAAGAACCACGGCUGCGAGAUGUGCGGUAAGGCCUUCCGCGACGUCUACCACCUCAACCGACACAAACUCUCUCAUUCGGACGAAAAGCCUUUCGAGUGCCCCAUCUGCCAUCAACGCUUCAAGAGGAAAGACCGCAUGACAUAUCAUGUCCGGUCGCACGACGGAGGCGUGCACAAGCCGUACAUCUGCACUGUUUGUGGGAAAGGCUUCUCUCGGCCAGAUCAUCUUAGCUGUCACGUCAAGCACGUUCACUCCACAGAACGACCCUUUAAAUGCCAAGUUACGGCCUGCACGUCAGCCUUCGCCACCAAAGACCGUCUGCGCUCGCACAUGAUAAGACACGAGGGCAAGGUCACCUGCAACAUCUGCGGGAAAAUGCUGAGCGCCGCCUACAUCACAAGUCACCUCAAGACUCACGGGCAGGCCAGCUUCACCUCGCCCUGUAACAAAGGUAUGACGAUCCGCCUCCAUCUCUUUCAAAAACAAAUAAACUGGUUAUUUGUGAGAACAGAUCUUGGAGAUUCGAAACUUAAAUGUAUCUACUUUUUGUCCCCAGACUCUAACAACAUGUGCAACUCCGUCACACCAGUCACUGCUUCUAGCGCAUCCAACACUACGGCCAUGAACCGUGGCAUCGUCAGCAACCCCAUCACCAUUGCUGCCCAGAUGAACAUCACCACCAACACUGUCAACAUCACCUCCCCUGUCAGCCUCCAUCACCCGGUCAGCAUAAGCGGUCCGGUCAACAUAGCCUCCAUCAACAUCCCAACCAACGCGCCCAUGAACAUCGCCCAUCCCGUCGCCAUCACCUCGCCCAUGUCAAUGAACAUCACAGGUCCCCUCAACAUCGCCAUGAGAUCGAUGGAUAGCAUGCCUUUCCUCUCACAGGUCCUGCCUUCCUCUCCGCCUUGGUAGAACUGACCCCUGGCCCAAAAACUCCCCACCUCUCCUCUUAAACCUCAUGUCUCCUGUUAUAGUCUUCCUCUCCAACCGUGAGGGAAAAUAACCUUGAGGAAUUGGCAAUGUAUUUGUCUGCAGCGAUAAGGAAUACGGAAAUCUUGUGGAAGUUAGUUGGUACUUUGCACGUCCUUCCUAAAGAAUAAGCAGAUCCAGGUUGAGUUAGUGAGGACAGAAAUGAAUGGGUAAUGCAUGGAGUGGAAGACUGCCGUGCUGUAUGUUUGGUGAUUUUUCACUUUUCUAGUGCCAGAAAAUCCUUGCCAGUCACCUGUUAGUAUUAACGGUUUGAGGACUUUGGCAUAUUUUAAAUGUGAGGAUUUUAUUUUUGUUACAUUAGCUUGCUUAUCAGUAUUUCAUAGUUUUAUGCAUUUUAACGAAUCGUGUACAACAAAAGGGACAGUGGCUUCCGUUCAUGGAAGAUGAGACGGUUUUAUUUGUUUUGAGACAAUACUCUACGAAUGAGGAAAACUAAAGUUUUAAAAUGCACAAAGGCUUUUACUUUGUGAGCCUUUUAAUCUGUAGCCUUGUUUUUAUUUCUAUCAUUAUAACUAUUCUUUAUAGGUAAUCUUUGGUCAUUCCUGAUUGUAGAAUUAUUACGUUGCGGUUCUUUUGAUAUCUGGGAUAUUCUGCUUAGUGGGGUUGGAGAUUACAGUAACAUAAAAAUCUUGCACUGAACAUCUAUCUAUUUGGCGAUAUUUUAAUGGCAGUAUUAUUUUGGAUCAAACAUUUUAAGUAUUGCUGGUUAAACCUCUUAAUAGAUGCCUGGUCACCCAGUGGCUUGGUCACUGAGAAGUCAAUUUUUGUCCUUAAUAAUAUUAUCUUGAGAGCAUUUAGUUUUCUAACUUUCUCUGCUCUUACUCGCUGAGGAAUGAGGGCUGUUUCCUAAGGACCUUUUGCUCAGGAACUUUGCUGGGGGUGUCCUAACUUACGCUGCUCUUGUAGUGGAUAGAACAUUCUUCCCAACCUUAUUUUCUACGUCGUAAACACACUAAAUGUUUCUUUCCCUUUAUUGGCGAGAACUGAGAAGCACCUCAGGGGUCAGGGUGCCUAGCUGUCGACACGGUCCUCCAUCCCAGAGCGAAAAGUUUGUGUGCCCCGGUCACAGUGAAAACCAAAACUGCCUCAAAUUUUCAGGGUUUGUCAUGUUGGCGGUCAUCAUUCAGAGUAAACCUUUUAAAAAAUAGUUUGACAACGAGCAAUUAAAGAAAAGAAUUUGAGUGCUUGGACUAUAAUGUUUAUUUAGAUGUAAGUCAUGUUAAAUGAAUAGUUCACCCAAAAAUUUAAAUUGUGUAAUUUUUCUUUUUAGUCACAUAAAAGAAGUUUGUACUUCUUGUGCACUUUAUUGUUUAACUCUAGGCACAGACCAUAAUUUAAGUCCAUGUUGGCUGGCCUUGCUCUCAUUGGUGCUUGAGAUUUUAAUUCUGUUUUCGAGUUUAUACAUUCAACACAGCCAGUAUAAGUGAUUUCUUCCUAAAUUAGACUCAUCUGAUGACAACAUUUAACAACUCCAAUUAAUUUAGUAAUAAUAUUUAGAUCAUAUUCUAUAUUGUAUAAAUUCAAAUGACUGAAUGUAGUGCUCAAGUUGUGUGAACUGCUGUCAUGGUGCAUUUGUGCCCUUUUAAGCUAAAAAAAACCUCUCGCAAUGUAAUGGCAUGAGGAAAGACAACCACUUCAAUUUAAAGAACGUGUCCACACCAGACGUGUAGAAAACAUAUCUUUUUUAUGUUAUUUUGAGUUUUUGUGCUGAGACUGUAAUAUGGCAGGCUACAAUGGAUUCUAUAUUAGAAACGUUGAGUUUUUUGAUGUUGUGCAUCACCUCUGGUGUGGACGCGGUGUAAGUCAUACGAGUUUGAAAUAACGUGAGGGUGAGUUUUCAUGUUUGGUUGAACUAUCCCUUUGUUUUUGGAGACCACAGCAUAUAUUUCUAAAUUCACUUUAUUUGUUUUUUCGUUCUCCCUGUUGGAUAUAUAAGCAAUCUAUCUUUCUUUGUCCUUCUGUUGACCCAGCCAGACAGCUGUCUCACCCGUUUAUUUAUUAUGUGGGAAAACUGAUGCAAAAGAUGCUGUCCUAUAAUGCCCGCUCAAAAAAAAAAGUAAAACCAGCUGAAUGUGAUGAUGUCAUAGCUACCACUGUCUGUGCAUGAAGUUUAGUUUGUAUUAACAGGCACCCCCCUCCCAAAUGUUUCUCAACUUACUUUGACAGUUUUGGCCUGUUAGCGAAAUGUUUGUGGGUUGGCAUUACAUUGGCUUUUUCUUUUUUUCUAAUGUUGCCUUGUUUUGUAGAGGCAGUUCAGUUUCCAGAACUGGAAUUCAAGGAAUGUGAUUGAGUUGACUGAAGACACUACAAAAAACAAAGAGGUUUUAAUUGUGCUCGUGAUAAAUGUCUGUCCUCCCGCGAUGGCGUCACUUCCGUGCCUGAACUGCAUGUGUGAAAAUGCCACAGUGAAACGCAUCUGUCUUCUCUGUUCGGCUUGCAGUGCUCGGCUAUGGAACCUGCCUGGGCGCAAAACUGCAGUUUAACUGUUUACCAAAUGUGUGUGGAGAUUUAGAAUCUAUUUUGCAUACGAAAUAUCAAGUUUUCCUGUUUCAGGAAUUAUGGAUUUGUUAUUUUUCUUAAUCCUAUAAAGUAUUGCUCAUGAAGUUAUGCAUCAGUAUCUUUUAAAGAACACAUUUGUUUAAAAGGGGUUCAAAGCGAAAAAGGUUUCGGAUUGGAGAGUUAAAAAUGAGUCCAGUCCUUUGUUUCACAUUGUGUUUUGUUGAAUUGGCAAACCCAUGUGAAAGCCAAUGAAUGUAUAUCUCUGUACAAAACCAUUUAGCUCAGAGAACGUGGUAGUUAUGAUAGACACAUGCAAGGAAGAAUACAAGUAAAAUUACCUUUUAUAAGACUUUUUGUAUUAGAAACAUUAACAUUGGUAAUUUUGUAUAUAUGAAGACUAGACUUUUUUUGGUUAGCAGAAAGGUAAAACAUUCCUACAUUUUUUUUAAUGUAUGUCAAAAUGAUUAUGUAAUCACAUUGCGCAAUGUUUUAUGUGCCUUUUAUUUGGGUUGUCUAAAUAAAAGAAAACUGUAAAUUAUG